GACCCAAAUCCCGCCUUCAUCCUCGGCAAGCUCCGUACCGUAGGACCUGACAUUUCUUCACUGCCACUUCCCUCACUUCACUCAUCUUCCCGCCGCUCCACCUUCUACAUUGCAAAAGAUUUUGCUGUUCAUUGUAAUCGCUUGCUAGGUUUCAGAACGUUGUUCACUUCGUCACCAUCAUCAUCAUCAUCAUCGCCACACCUUAACGUAGUAACUGGUCCGCUACUGUAGGCUUUCAGAGUCGUAGCCAUGGAAACCGAUGAGUUCCAACGAGUGCUCCCGUUUCAGCUUCAGUUCGACAAACCAGUCGCUUCACAGAUUAAGAUUGCUGAGUGGAAUCCGGAGAAGGAUUUGUUGGCUAUGGUUACGGAGGAUUCGAAGAUUCUGCUGCAUCGAUUCAAUUGGCAGAGGCUAUGGACGAUAUCUCCUGGGAGAUGCAUAACGUCAUUAUGCUGGCGCCCAGAUGGUAAAGCAUUAGCAGUUGGCCUUGAAGAUGGGACAGUGUCAUUGCAUGAUGUUGAAAAUGGAAAGUUGUUGCGAAGCAUGAAAUCCCAUAUUGUGGCUAUAGUGUGUCUUAACUGGGAGGAGGAUGGACAGGAUGGCUGCAGUAACAUAUCAACUUAUGAAGACCGCACCACUCGUUUCUUUCCUCCUGCACCUAGAAUUCCACGAAUGCCUGGAUUUGUGUCUAGUGAUGCUGGAUUUAUAGAUGAAAAUGAAGAUACAUUUCGAGAAUUCUCAACUUCUUCACACCAACGUUUUAACAUAUUAUGUAGUGGAGAUAAAGAUGGUAGCGUAUGUUUCAGUAUAUUUGGGAUUUUCCCAGUUGCAAAAGUAAAUAUACACGAGUUUUCGGUUUGUAUUCCAAAUAUGGACAACCAAGCUGUUUAUCAGCUCCGGAAUGCUUCUAUUUGCAAGGUGGCGUUGUCAAAGGAUCUUUGCCGUAUGACUGUUAUGUGCACAGGAGAGCUGGUUGAAGACAUGGUUGAAUCCAGAGAUAUAAAAAUUCCUGUACACAAUUUGCCUGGCCUGCAUUGCUUAGUGCUCGACACUUCCAUAUUUUGGGAGAGGAAACACGAGCUCCACCAGGUGGCUCAACAAGCCUCUAACAUUGAGGAUUUAACUGAGGUUAUCCGCACAUCACUGUCAGUCAUGCAUAAGCAAUGGUCUGAUGCGAUGCAUACAUUUCACCAGAAAUUUGAUUCUUUAUCUACGCUGAUUAUUAACAAUGGAAUUGACUCUUCUCCCCAGGAGGAGUUUUUAAGCCUCUUGUGUGGUGCUCGGACAAGUCCAGCAGUUCAUCAGUUUCUUGUUAGCUCUCUUGGUGAAGUGGGCAUCAAACGUGUGUCAAAGGUUGUUUGUAGUGCAGGGAAAGAGCUUCAACUUAUUGUCCUUGAUCAUCUCCAGCCUGCUGCAGAAAUUAUUGGUUUUAGAGUGGGGGAACUAAGAGGCUUUUCAAAAUGGCGCGCACGCUAUGAAGAUAUUGGUCUUGAUGAGACGCUUAUCAAUAAUGCAACAGAAAAAGCAGGCAUAUUGCUUGUACAUGUUGUGCGUUUUAUGAUGGUCCUUUCAUCUGUGGUGCAGCAGUUUUCAAAUUUCUUCAAUUGGCUUCAAAAAUGCAAUAAGCUACUAAUGUCUGAACCAAGUGACCAACUGGUACCAUUCAAUAGUGAACUUGUUGUUAUAUUCUUGAAGUUUCUGUAUGAUCAAGAUCCUGUCAGGCAGUUGCUGGAAAUAUCUGAAGUUGAUUACAGUAUCGAAAUGGAUCUGGAAACCAUGCAAAGAGUUCGAGAAUUGGCUCAGUUUGGAGGAUUUUUGGAUACGGAAUAUUUGCGAAGGUCCUUAGCUAAAGAAUUUCAAUUGAUGGAAUCUAGUUUCAAGGAGGCUUUCCUAGUGCCAUCUAUGACAAUUUCAAGAAAGAUACUCUGUGAAAAUUUAUUGCCGUUGUUUCCUUCCCCAUCUACAUCAGCAUCUACAUCAUUUGAUGUUCCGAUGUCAAUAUCAUACUACAAGGAUGCCUCUCAGGCUGGUUUACUUUAUCAGACUCGUCAAAGUAGAUUUUUGGAUUACAUCUCUUUCAGAAUACCUGACGAGUCUAUCUCAGCUAUUGCAAAUUGUAUUGGAAUAGCGAGGGGGCUCAUGCAUGACCUGAGCAGUGUAAAAAGGGGAUGUACUUCAAUGGAAGCUGUAUUGUUAUGUAUUCCUAGCAGUUACACCUGUGUGGAUCUGUCGCUAUAUAAAGAAGGUCAAAUUGUUCUGUUAUUGAAUGAAACUGCCAACUCUUCUGAAAGCUCUGGAAAUGCUUGUAUGAUGAUUGUACGAGCAAGUGAGCUUCAAUUUACAUCUGUUACAAGACCCACUAAUUUACGCCAGUGGAAGUUGAAUGAGCUAAAGGACUCUGUUGUGUGCCUCCAGAUGGAAAAUGAAAAGAUUCGAAGUAUACCUCACUCUGUAAUUGCUCCCUUGGCAGUGAGUGCAUCAAGAGGUGUGGCUUGUGUUUUUGCUGCAAGGAAGCGUGUGAUGGUCUACAUCUUAGAGGAAGAUGAAGACGAAGUCUCAAAUGUGGAAUGAAUAGACUAUACCUUAAAAUAUUUACCAUCUCCUAAGAGCUAACAAUUCUUUUUACUUUGUGGGUUUAAUUGAUCACACAUCUUUUUUCAUGUAUCAUAGUUAUUGUUUCCAAGUCAUCAAUAUUUUGUAGUUGAACAUAUAGUAGAUGAAAUAUGAAAGAAGAAACGAUUGAAAAAUAUUUUCUUCA